UGCCUUGGCUUCGUACAUCCGGGUCCCUCUCCCUGUAUCUCCAGUCGGGGCCCUGGUUUCCUGUAUCCUCCGCUAGUGGGGUGAGGAAGGAGGGCGGGCGCCUGCUCGCUCCCCGCAACUGGUGGCAGGAAGAUGUCUGGACCCGGAGUGCCCACGGCCGUAGGCGCCGGAGGGGCGAGGAGUCCUGGGGCGGCGCCGGAGUGGGGAGCCUUCGAGGACAACAUGCAGGGCGGGGGCUCUGCUGUAAUUGAUAUGGAAAAUAUGGAUGAUACAUCUGGCUCCAGUUUUGAAGACAUGGGUGAGAUACACCAACGCAUGAAGGAAGAAGAAGAAGAGGUGGACGCAGAGGCGGCAGCUGCAGAUGAGGAAGAUGGCGAGUUCUUGGGAAUGAAGGGCUUUAAGGGUCAGUUGGGUCGGCAAGUAGCUGAUGAGAUGUGGCAAGCAGGGAAGAGACAAGCCUCCAAGGCUUUCAAUCUCUAUGCCAACAUUGAUAUCCUCAGGCCCUACUUUGAUGUUGAGCCAAACCAGGUUCGGAACAGGUUGUUGGAGUCUAUGAUACCUGUGAAGAUGUUUAAUUUUCCUCAGAAGAUUGCUGGUGAACUUUAUGGUCCCCUCAUGCUGGUCUUCACAUUGGUGGCCAUCCUGCUUCAUGGAAUGAAGACAUCUGAUACUAUCAUUAGGGAAGGCACAUUGAUGGGUACAGCAAUUGGCACCUGUUUUGGUUAUUGGAUAGGCGUCUCCUCCUUCAUCUACUUCCUGGCGUACUUGUGCAAUGCUCAGAUCACAAUGGUCCAAAUGUUGUCGCUUUUGGGCUACGGACUUUUUGGGCACUGCAUCACCCUCUUUGUCACCUACAACAUCCACUUCCACUCCCUUUUUUAUAUCUUCUGGCUGGUGAUUGGCGGCCUCUCCACAUUAAGAAUGGUUGCUGUGUUGGUGUCACGCACAGUGGGGCAUACCCAGCGGCUCAUCUUGUGUGGAGUGCUCGCUGCCCUGCACAUGCUCUUCCUCCUUUAUCUGCACUUCGCUUAUCACAAGGUUGUAGAAGGCAUCCUGGACACGUUGGAAGGACCCAACAUCCCUCCUUUUCAGAGAGUUCCCAGAGACAUUCCAGCUGUUUCCUCUGUGGUACUGAACAUGACAACCAAAGCAGCUGCACUUAACUUAUAGCCUUACAGACUCUGCUGUGCGCCCCCUGCCUCUACAUAGGUUUUGUGCUCUGUUACUGUUACCAGGGAAAAGGGACAAAGUAACGGGAGCAGGACCUGUUUUUAUCUGCAGAUCUCCCCUUGGAAACGGAGAGCAGCAGAAGAGAGAGAAGAUGUAUUUGUCCGGUUUUGGCCAGAUUGUACUGGGCAGAGCUCUUUUUCUGGCCCGCUUAGCUCGGAUUGCAUAGCUCAUUCACUUUCCUCCAUACACCCUUUGUUUUUGCUCUUGUCUCUUUAGCCUGUGUACUUGUAAUCCUCUUCUUUGCUGAGGGAAGAAUUAAAUUAAAUGAAUGGAUGUCCUGAGCAAUCUCUUCCAUUGGACCCUCGUCGUAAAUUUAGAAGAGCAGAGCAGAUAGUUCUGUCCUGUUCUCCUGCUAUGUUCUAAAAUCCAACCAAAACUGGGGUUAUAAUUUCAUUUGCCCAAGUUGCUUCCCUCAGGGAGCAGCAUUUGACUUUGGUUGAUGCAAACAAUGGCAGGCUAUGAGCCCGUCCAGACCUCAAAUUAACAUGGAUGGCCAACCCUUUGUGCCUCUUUUUAAUCCCCACUCCUCCAUGUGGUGUUCUCUCCCAACUGCUGCUGCUCCCCACGCUUUCUCCUUCCUAAAUCUGGAGAUUUAGUCUAAGAAUACAGAUAAAUUUGCAUAAGAGCCUGAAAGGAAUUAAGGGCAGAAUUUAGCUACUGUUCAAUAAUAAGGAAAAAGUCAUCAUUUAAAAAAAUACCAGUGGCACUGGCUUUUCUGAUUAGAGUUAUUAAUACAGAAUAAAUCUCUGGGUUCCUUAUACAAAUUGCAGAACAAAAGGACAUAACCCACAUAUUGCAUUUACUGAGUUGUAUUAUUGUAAAUAAUGGACAUGACCAAUUUAGGCCCAUUAAUUUCAAUAGGUCUCUGAAUAUAACAUGUUUAGACACAGGCCUCUGAUUGCACUGGAACAAAGAUGUUCAUUAAGCAGAAUCUUAUUAAAUUGGCCAGUUAGUGAAGCAGAGAGCAGAUCAUUAAAACAAGUCAACUUAAAUGCUGUCCUAUCUUUGUAAUUAGUUAAUGUUGACAAGUGUGAAGCCUUCACAGUUACAUAAUUAGGAAUGUUGCUUUGGAAUAGUGGAGAGCAAGAUUUAACAGCUGAAAUUCUCAGAUAAAAAUCCAGAUCUAUUAAUCUCUGGAUAACAGAAAUGAGCCUUUUUUUUAGACCAUAAUUACCAUAACUAGUUAGGUUACAUUUGCUGAUACAUGUGACAUGCUACAUUCUAUUCACAAUUUCUACAAGAACACAAAGCACUUUCAUUUAUUUUUCUGCCCUGGUCUAAUUCUCUUUUUUUAAGGAGCCAGUACAGUACAUAAUCAGGGAUAUAGAAAAGAGGGAUUGAGAUUCAUUUAACAAGAACAAUAAUAAAGGUUUCUGUUUUUUGAAAAAAUGGUAUAAAUAAAAUGCAACUCUUAACACUAA